AGGGUUUUUGGUAGUAUAUAAACGCGACCCUCGCGACCUAGCACCACUACCAGCGACCCCUCACAGAAGCGGCGGCGGCGGAGCAAGAGGAGGCGAAGGCGAGGGCGAGGGCGCGAGGGAGGGACAGGAGCACCAGCCAUGGUGCACGUGAGCUUCUACCGCAACUAUGGUAAAACAUUCAAGAAACCAAGGCGUCCUUAUGAGAAGGAGCGUCUUGAUGCUGAACUGAAGCUGGUUGGUGAGUAUGGUCUGAGGUGCAAGCGUGAGCUCUGGAGGGUCCAGUAUGCACUGAGCAGGAUCCGUAAUGCUGCAAGGCACUUGCUCACCCUUGAUGAGAAGAACCCCCGCCGUAUCUUUGAGGGUGAGGCGCUUCUCCGCCGCAUGAACCGCUAUGGGCUGCUUGCUGAGGGUCAGAACAAGCUUGAUUAUGUCCUUGCCCUUACUGCUGAGAACUUCCUUGCAAGGCGCCUUCAGACACUUGUCUUCAAGGCUGGCAUGGCCAAGUCUAUUCACCAUGCUCGUGUCUUGAUCAAGCAGCGUCACAUCAGGGUUGGCAGGCAAAUCGUUAAUGUCCCAUCGUUCAUGGUGAGGGUGGAGUCUGAGAAGCACAUUGACUUUUCACUGUCAAGCCCGUUCGGUGGAGGCCCCCCAGGCAGGGUGAAGAGGAAGAACCUGAAGAAGGCAAGUGGCGGUGGCGGCGAUGGUGGUGAUGAGGAUGAGGAGUGAGGAUGAACAAGUAGCAUGGCCCCAAUAUAAUAUUAUCUAGUUUUCAUAAACAUGUUCCUAUCAUGAGUACUUAGCUGGGUGACCAGAUGCUCAGUCCCCUGUGCUGACUCUGCGUCAUGGAUGGUUAUCAUUUUAUCUUGUGUUACUAGCCUAUACUUAGCUGCUAUGUUUGGAGAUGUUUAAUCCUGUGGUUGGUUUUUGACUUAUGCUCUGUUGCUAUUAAGCUGUUCCUGUUUUCUUUUGGCCAAUGAUUUGCUGAAGCAUCAUUCA